AUGAGAUUGACCUGGAUCUUAGCACUGGUCUCAGUGCUUUUCUCUGCCAUGGCAGCGGCCAGCAGUAUUGAGGAACUGGCCACUGCUCUGCCUUCAUGCGCGCUGAAAUGCCUGGUGGCAGGAAUAGAGCAAUCGACUUGUGGCUUGACCGACCAAACCUGUAUAUGCACAAAUACCGAAUUGAACACGAAUGUCGAGGCAUGCGUGUUGAUGAGCUGCACAAUCAAGCAAUCUCUCACUACGAAAAAUGUGACCAAAACAGCAUGCGACGCUCCUAUUCGGGACCGAACAAAAACUGUGUCUAUUGCUGGUGUCGUUGGAUGUGUACUAUCCGUGAUCGCUUUUAUUCUCCGGAUCAUUGCAAGAUUCCGUUGCCUUGGUGGCCAAUUCGGAUGGGAUGAUGCGACAAUGGCGUUUACAAUGUUAAUGGUGAUUCCAUUGUCCGCGUUCUCGGUGGUCCUGGCCGAUACAGGUCUUGGAAAGGAUAUGUGGACGCUUCCCUUCAAGAACAUCACUCACAUUCUCUAUAUAUACAUGAUCGAUGAGGUCCUCUACCUGAGUAUCCUUCCGAUGACCAAGAUAUCCAUCCUCUGUUUCUACCUACGUGUCUUCCCCAAAAAAGAGAUCCGGAUAAUAACCUAUGUCGUUAUGGCGCUCUGCGUUGGCUACCUGGUCUCGUUCGUUUUAAUUUCGGUCUUCCAGUGUGACCCGAUUAAUGGCGCAUAUCUGCGUUGGGAUGGCGAGCACAACUUCAAAUGCAACAAUAUCAACGCCCAAGGAUGGGCGGCCGCUAUCGCCAACAUGGUUCUUGAUCUCAUCGUCAUGGCUUUGCCGCUCCGGGAAUUGUACCACCUGAACUUGUCACUGCGGAAGAAGCUAGGUGUUCUGUGCAUGUUCAGUCUGGGAAUUUUCGUCACCCUGGUCAGUAUCCUGCGGUUGGAAUCGCUCAUCAAGUUCGCCACGACACAAAACGUCACAUGGGACUACGUCGAAAUCGGAUACUGGAGUACAAUCGAGUGCCAUGUUGGCGUGAUCUGCGCCUGUCUCCCAGCCAUUCGCUCGCUACUGCGUCGUGUCUUUCCCGCUGCCUUCGGAGACACAACCAAAGGUGCCUCCAAAGGUACUAACAACACCUAUUCGAUUGGAACAGAUGUUGAAUACGAUUAUGUCGUGGUUGGCUCAGGUCCUGGAGGUGGUCCAUUGGCAUCAAGACUCGCAAUUGCUGGUCACAAGGUGCUGCUCCUCGAUGCCGGAGAUGACCAAUUCGAUGCACCUGUGAUCCAGGCCCCUGCCAUGCAGCUGCAGUCCACCGAAUACGAGGGAACAAAAUGGGACUAUUUUGUCAACCACUACCAGGACUUGAGUCGCCAGGAGGAGGAUACUAAGAUGACCUACAAGACCCCAUCGGGCGAGCUUCACGUCGGUCCCAACCCGCCCGCCAAUUCUGAUCCUCUGGGAAUCCUGUACCCGCGUGCUGGCACUCUGGGAGGAUGCUCGGCUCACAAUGCCAUGAUUACUAUAUACCCGUACGAAAAGGACUGGGAGGACCUCGCUUCGAUCACCGGUAACGACACCUGGGCUCCGGAUGUGAUGCGUAAAUACUUCGAGAAGCUCGAGCGCAACCGCUACCUCCCCAGCAGCCUGUCUGGGCACGGUUACGAUGGCUGGCUCACCACCAGUUUAACACAAUUGACGCUCGUUGUCGAGGAUCAGAAGCUGCUGUCUCUAGUCAUCGCCGCAGCCACGGCUGCUGGAAAGUCUCUCAUCGGAAAGCUCCUCACCACCGUAACUGGUCUCGGUGAAGUUCUCCUUCGAGACCUCAAUACCGACGCAAAGGGCCGUGACCAAGAAACCGGACCGUACCAAGUUCCCCUCGCCGUCGACGUCCCCGAUUACAGGCGUACUGGUCCUCGGGAUUUCAUCGUGGACACCCAAAAGGCCACUAACUCGGACGGUUCGCGCAAGUACCACCUUGACGUUCAAAUGAACACCCUUGUCACCAACCUCCGUUUCGAUACCUCUGGUAGCAAGCCCAAGGCCACUGGUGUUGACUACCUCAAGGGUCAAAGCCUUUACAGGGCAGACCCUCGGUCCGAUAACGCGACUGCCUCUUCUUCUGGAAGUGUCAAUGCUGCUCGUGAAGUUAUUCUCGCUGCCGGUGCCUUCAACACUCCCCAGUUGCUAAAGCUGAGCGGUGUUGGACCCAAGCAGGAGUUGGAAAAACUCGGUAUCGACACUCUUGUCAACCUUCCCGGCGUUGGCAAGAACUUGCAAGACCGUUACGAGAUAAGCGUUAUUGGCGAGUCGCCGACCAAUUUCACAUUGACAGAAAAGUGCACCUUCCUUGCCACUACGCCUGACCCAUGCAUGGAGCAGUGGCAGAACAAUGGAGCGCUUCUCAAGGGCACCUACACCACCAACGGUAUUGCAAUUGCUGUCACCCGGAACUCCUCGACUAGCGACGGUGACCCGGACCUUCUGGUUUCCGGUGCACCCGCUUACUUCAAGGGAUACUACCCCGGAUACUCGUAUAACGCAUUGAAGGAGUCCAACCACUGGGCCUGGAUCACCCUCAAGGCACGAGCCCGCAACACCGCCGGUACUGUGGAGCUUCGGUCCAAGGACCCCAGGGACACUCCGGUUAUCAACUUCAACUCUUUCGAUGCCGGUUCGACCGAGGACGACGCCGAUGAGAAGGACCUGCAGGCUGUCAUCGAAGGAAUGAAGUUCUCGCGGAAUAUCUUCGACUCCUUGGUCCCGUUGGACGGCGACUUUGAUGAAGUCUGGCCUGGCAAGAACGUUUCCACCGACGCAGAAUUGAAGGACUUCGCCAAGAAGGAGGCCUGGGGUCACCAUGCUUGCUGCACGACUCCUAUCGGAUCAGACGAUGAUGACAACGCCGUGCUCGACUCUGAUUUCCGUGUCCGUGGUGUCGAGGGUCUGAGAGUGGUGGACGCUUCCGUCUUCCCUAAGAUCCCCGGGUACUACAUCGCUCUGCCCAUCUACAUUCUCAGUGAGAAGGCAGCGGAUGUGAUUAUUUCGAGUGCCGCAUAA